CAUUUGUGUGGACAUGGUUUUACAAAUAUACAACACUACCCCACCACACUUACGCAUGUGACCCCGUUGCCCAGUGGGGCACAUUUGCCAUUCCUAAAUUUAAUAGAUAGCUAAUUGAAUUUGGUUUAAAACAGAGUGAUUUUGUCGUUUUAAUGAUUGAUUCAACAUCUCAACGAGGAAGCAUCGAAGAAACUAGAAAAAUAUAAUGGUUUCCCUGUUAUAAGCUAUAAUAAAAAGCCAUCCCCACACAUUCCAAAGCUCCCAAAACCCAAUAUCCUUUGUGCAAAGCCUCUGAUCUACAUCUCUAGCUGCUGAUAUAGUACAUGGAUUCGAUCAAAUCCUUCAAGGGUUAUGGCAAGGUGGACGAGCUGGAAGAGCGAGCAUUUAAGCGCAAGACCCGCAAGCGCCUCAUCAUUCUCAUUAUCUCCUCAGUCGUGUUAGUGGCGGUCAUCAUCGGUGCGGUUGCAGGAACCUUGAUCCACAAGAGCAAGUCUGAGUCCAACUCUGUCCCGGCCAGUCCCGUAUCGCCGGCCACCUCCAUCAAGGCUGUGUGCAGCGUCACUCAGUACCCAGAUUCAUGCGUCUCCAGCAUCUCUUCCCUCGACACCUCCAACACCACCGACCCAGAGGAGCUCUUCAGACUCACUCUCCGGGUCGCCAUUGCUGAGCUCUCCAAGCUAUCUUCCUUACCCAGGCAGCUCAGCGCCAAGUCCAACGAUGCCCAACUCAAGAAGGCGUUGGGAGUUUGCGAGACCGUGUUCGAAGACGCGAUCGACCGGCUCAACGACUCCAUCUCGUCGAUGGAGGUGCGGGAGGGGGAGAAGCUGUUAUCCGCCUCCAAGAUCGACGACAUCAAGACGUGGCUCAGCGCCACCAUUACCGACCAAGAAACAUGCUUGGACGCUCUUGAGGAGCUCAACUCCACUCUCCUGAAUGAGGUCAAAACCGCGAUGCAGAACUCCACGGUCUUCGCUAGUAACAGCUUGGCCAUUGUGGCUAAACUAAUCGGCAUCCUCCACGACCUAGACAUCCAGGUUCACCGCAAACUGCUGAGCUUCUCCAAUUCCGAUCAGUUUCCCGAUUGGGUGGGGGCUGGCGAGCGGAGACUGCUCCAGGAAACAAAGCCAACCCCAGAUGUGACGGUGGCGAAGGACGGCACUGGAGACUACGUGACCAUAAAAGAAGCAGUGGCAAUGGUGCCGAAGAAGAGUGAAAAGCGAUUCGUGAUAUACGUAAAGGAAGGCAACUACUCGGAGAACAUCAUUUUAGACAAGAGCAAAUGGAACGUCAUGAUAUACGGCGACGGGAAGGAUAAGAGCAUCGUCUCCGGCAACUUGAACUUCAUUGAUGGGACCCCCACCUUCGCCACAGCCACUUUCGCCGCUGUGGGGAAGGGGUUUAUAGCAAAGUACAUGAGGUUCGAGAACACGGCAGGUGCGGCGAAGCAUCAGGCGGUGGCCUUCCGCUCAGGGUCUGACAUGUCCGUCUUCUACCAGUGCUCAUUCGACGCCUUCCAGGACACCCUAUACGCCCACUCCAACCGUCAGUUCUACCGGGAGUGCGACAUCACAGGCACCAUCGACUUCAUCUUCGGCAACGCGGCUGUCGUCUUUCAGGCCUGCAAAAUCCAGCCCAGGCAGCCAAUGUCCAACCAAUUCAACACCAUUACUGCUCAGGGCAAGAAGGACCCCAAUCAGAACACUGGCAUUUCCAUCCAAAAAUGCUCCAUCUCCGCUCUCAAUACUCUGACAGCACCCACGUACCUGGGCAGGCCAUGGAAGGCCUACUCCACCACCAUCGUGAUGCAGUCAAACAUCGGCUCAUUCUUGAACCCAAAAGGCUGGACGGAAUGGGUCACCGGCGUCGACCCUCCCAGCACCAUCUUCUAUGCUGAGUUUCAAAACACUGGCCCAGGAGCUACCCUUGAUCAAAGAGUCAAAUGGGCUGGAUUCAUGACCAACAUCACAGAGGAUGAGGCAGCCAAGUUCACAGUCGGAACAUUCAUCCAAGGCGCCAGUUGGUUGUCAGAGAGCAGCGUGACCUUCGAUGCAUCCUUGUGAUUCCAAACAAACUCAGAACAUUUAUAUAAACGGGUUAUCUCAUCACAACAGUUUUUAGCAGAUGUGGGUUGUGUUAUUGUUCUUCUACUGCAUAGAUUCACGACACUUUGUUCAUUUAACAUUUUUUUUGGGGAUUGUACUUUAAAAAAUAUUUGUGGGUGUUCUAUUUAUCUAAAAGAAUCGAAGAAAAGGUGAAGCUUAAAAACGCA